UUUUAAACCACAAGUAAAGCUACAACGCCGCGUACUAGUUUAAGGCCACCUGAGAUAAGUUUUAAGGAGUGUUUGUCUUCAUUUAUGUCCUCGUACAAGGCUAACUAGCCGGCCCUGUUGGUCCUGUUGGCUCUGUUGGCUCUGUUGGAGCCAAACUGCCUGGCUGGUUCUGGGAGGCCAGGCUGCUUCACCCAAUAUCGAUCCCGGAUGCAUCUCUGGCGGUAAGUAAAGUCAACCUUGGAGAUCACCUCCCCAGCUCAAUCAUAUGUGCCUUUCUCAGCUACCUCAUUAGACACAGGGCUAGCUGCUCAGAAAAUGUUAGCAUGUUGAUGCCAAGCACCUCAAGUCAAGACUGAAUCAAAGUAUAAAUAGUCCACCGGGGGACUACUAUCAAACGGCGUUCUCUCGCUCACUAUCAGCCAUCUCUCCACAGACUUACUAGAACCAUCACUAAACUACUGCUCUCGUCUCUAAACACAUACAUUCUAUCCCAUACUCCAAGACCACAUAUACCCCCUCCUCUCUCCCCUCUUUUUUUCUCGCUCAAUAUGGUUUCCCUAAUCGACACUCUGGUGCCCUCCACCACCUACAACAACCUGCCUUACAUCGGAGACGUUCGCGAUGCUCCUGUCGACCAUGCCCAGGAUCUCAAGGAUCUCGGCGACCUCCUGGUCAAGCACCAAGUCCCCAAGAACGUGGUCAUCCGUCUCAUCCACAAGCACUUCGACACCAAGGAUGGCGAGGUCAUGGUCUUUGAGACCAUUGACAUCCCUGGCCACGGCAAGAUCAAGACCAUGCAACCGGUCGUGACCGCCGACAGCAAGGCCCUGCUCCGCGGCAUCAACUUCUUCGUCAACGACGAGGGCAAGCCUCAGGCUUACGAGUACGGCCGCUACGAUCUCCCGGAGCUUGACAUCGAGUCAUUCCUGGACGAUUUCUGUAGCAUGGUCGCCCAGCGCGGCUUACAUCACAAGUUUGGCCUCAGCAUCCGGUCCGACGAUCAGAUCGAGCGGGUUGCCUGGACCGAAUUCGAGUACCCGCUGAAGCGAAGCACCAUCAUGCUCCAGGAUAGCAUGCCGAAGCCGGAGGCCCGGGAAGCCUGGUCGGUGAACACCGAGUGGGACGGCAUUGUCCGGGUUCCGAGGGAUUGCACCCACGUCGUAACUUGCCGGCACGGCCCAACCACGUGCAGGCACGAAAAAAAGUGCAGAGGCCAUGACGCGCACGAUGCGGACGGCUGCGAGGAAGUUGAUCAGAACCACUCUGUUGAGAAUGGCUUUCGCGUUGGCGGUGAGACGAUCCUGCCCGGGCACCCGGCCUUCGAGCUCGUCGGUGCCAUCGCUGUGCUCGCAUUCUAAAUGUCAGCUUGUAUGCGGUUCUGGCUGGCAGAAUCUGGUAUGAGGAGGAGUCAACAAAGAACCAAUUUCUCACUUAGUCGGUCAUUUUACAAGGAAUAAUUGUCUUUUGUCUGGUACAAACAACUGAGCUCUGCCUGCCACGUUACGUCCUCGAGCUCGAGCUCUUUCACUUUCGGGCGCGAGCAGUGAGAGCACAUGUUGACUUUACAUUACUCAUUUAAAUUUAUUUACUGUCGAUGUAGCAGCCCUACCCAGUUUGUCUAAGUAGCUAGCUCACUAGUGAACCGAGAGUAUAUGAACGAGAUAUU